AUGAAAGCUCUCCUACAAGAAGAAAGGAACGGCCCCCUCAUCCCCCAAUCCAUCCCAACACCCACCCCCGGCCCAGGCUCUGUCGUCGUAAAAAUCCUCGCAAACCUCCUCCAACACCAGCUCCCAGGCAUCCUCUCCGGCACUUCUGGCUUCACCUACCCCACGCCCAUGAUCCCCGGCGGACGAGCCGUAGGCCGAAUCGCCGCUACAGGUCCCGACACGACAAGUCUCCCCGUCGGCCAACUCGUCUUACUCGAACCUUUCGUGCGAGCUCGAGACGACCCCGAGACGUGGAUCAUGUGGGGAUCAAUGCAAGGCACGACCGAAGGGAGCAAGAAGCUUUUUGCGCAGAAUUGGCGGUACGCUACGUUUGCAGAGUAUGUUUGUGCGCCGUUGGAGAACACCUGGGCGCUAGAUGAAAAGAGGCUUUGUGGGGAACUGGGGUAUACGAUACCGGAGCUGGUGUGGUUGUGUGUUGAUUUCGUUGCGUAUAGUGGGCUCAAGGGGAUUGGGUUAAGGGCUGGGGAGAGGCUGCUGGUCACGCCUGCUACGGGUCCGUUUUCUGGGGCGGCGGUCGGUAUCGCUGUUGCGAUGGGAGCGACUGUUUUGGUGACGGGGAGGAAUGGGCGUGCGCUUCAACGCCUUGUAGAUGCGCAUCCGAAGAUGGUUUCGGCCGUUCCGAGGACCAACGACAUCGAUACCGAUAGGGAAAAUCUGAAGAAGCAUGGCCCCGUCGAUGCGUUCCUAGAGAUGACGCCCAUGGGGGCGGAGGGAAGCACCCAUGUUCGUGCUGCUUUCGGCGCGCUCAAGCAGUACGGACGAGCGGCUAUCAUGGGCUUUGGUGGCGGUGCUAUGAAAGGUGUCGAAGUUCCGACCAUGGAGCUGCUGCUCAAGAGCAUCACGGUUCAUGGUCAUACUAUGUACUGGGGUCAGGACGUGAGGGACGUAAUUAAGAUGGUCGAAGUGGGGGCUUUGAAGCUUGGAAAAGAGAGAGGUUUUGAUGCGGUGACUGAAUUCAAGAUGGAGGACCUUGAAGAUGGCUUCGACUGGGUUGGCAAAAACCACGAGUUCGGUCAAAUGGCGGUUCUAGUCCCGUGA